UUGGAUUUCCGACAUGUUCGCCAACAAAAAGAUGUGGUACUAGACCGACUUGAGCACUUGUUAAAAGGCGAUGAUGCGAAUGCUGAUAAGAGGGUACACGAUCAAAAAGCCGACAUCCGCACGUUGUUGCUGUUUGCGGGUGAAAAAGCUGCACAACUUGCAGCUGCUCAGGAUGCUAUGAUCCAAGUUUCCGAUCAGCUAUUCCAAUUCUACUCGCAAAUUGUACAAAAUCAAGGUCUCACCUCGGAGAAAUCCGUCAUCGAGAUCGUGAACAAGCUAAGGCAACUUGCGCGUGAAAAUGCGGAGGAUUUGCCGAAAGUCUCACUAGUUGACGAAGGAGUGGAAAGUGGAACAGAAACCGACACAAGUGGUGCCAAGGGAAUUCCACUCAACUCGGACAGAGCUGUAAGUAAUGCUUAG